GGUGUGUGUGUGCGUGUGUGUGUGUGUGUGUUUCCAGCAAGAGCUCGCUGUGAUGCCAGACUCUUCCCACGCGGAGGUUUGGCUGAUGAAACGCGGUGCAAUGCACGGCACCUGCAGUGCGCGCGACCCAGUCCCGACGCGCUGCGGUCAAACGGAGAGCGUCUGCAGCGCCUUCGCCUUGGCCGAGCGAGACUUCAGCGCAGCCUCGUCUGGAGACUAAAUGAAUUAACGCCUUGAAAUAGACGGCAGGAUGACACAGUAAUGUCUGCUGCACAACAGCGGUGGCGGUGGAGGCAGCUGUAUGCUGACCUGGGGAGUCUCUCGGGCUGCAGCCUGCGGGAUCUCUGGCGCCCUCUAGGCUCCGUAAAGAGGAAAGCAGUUGAGGAUCGGAGUUCACUGGGUACAGGGGGAAACGAGCACGAUGGCGAGUAACAAAUACCAAAUAGUGGUGCAGGGUGAGGCAUCGGAAACGGAUUCAGAUGAAGAGGUUUACAUAACUUCGCUCUCGUCGACUCAGUCCGUUUCAGCCGGGGUGAAAGUGUCCGGAGAAGCAUCGGAGACAGACAGCGAAGGGGAAGUGGAGAAAGUGCGGAAGCUCGUUAUUGCCGGGAGUGCGGAAAAUGCGCAAGGACUGCGAAGGGAUUUGCCCCCGCUCAUCGUGAUCAGAAACGCCCCUGAGUUUGUUUCCGCGGUGGAGGAGAAACCCGCCCUGAGGCCUGAGCAAAGCGGUCGCUACAACACUUUACUUCAGCAGAAACUGCAGGAGAACAAUGCGCGCCUGUGCAACGACGUGUCGCAGAUGUACAGGCAAGUGUACCAGAACGCGACCAGAGAGAUUCGGCUGGCCACGACUCAUCUCAACAGUUCCCAGAGCGGCAUCAUCAACGCAUCCCACAGCAUCCGUCUUAUCCUGGAGGACCUCAAAUCUGUGUCUGAGAAAAUCGACAUAAUCACUAGCUGUAAUCUACUCCCUGAUAUAACCAUAGCCACCCCCUAACUCUGUGAAUGUGUUUUUAAGGUGUCGCAUGACAGUUGAGAUUGUCGCCGAACCGCAGGCAGUUUUUGACAACAUUAUUUUUUGCCAUAAUAAUCGAGCCGUUGACGAGCAAACAGUAUAUUUGCACUUCUGUGAUUACAUAAAAUAAGGCAAUAUGGACGGCCAUUUUCUUGCGCUUUAAAGGGUCAUUUUAAACUAACCAGUCCUACUAAUUUUCAGAAGUAUUAGGUUAUAUGAGCUAUGAAACAAACCCUCUCCUUAGAAAGCAAAUGGAGUUGUUGUUGAUUAAAUCAGUAUUGCGAUUUCUUCAGUGAGUUCUUUAGGAGAUGCGUCAUUGUCCCUGUCAGGUUCACUAAUGUUGUGAGACCACGCUGCAGUUCACCGAAACAGAGCACUGAUGUGGUCAGCACAGCCGGUCCUUAGUCUUGCCUACCUAUUUGCAGAAUGCCACAAUAGUACACAGUGCCCAAGGUGUCAUAACCACUGACAGCUGUCAGUCUUUAAAGUAAAAAGACAUACAGCUAUAAUUUACCACAGUUGAUGAAACAACCACGUUUCUCUCUAAAAGCCCAAAACAUGGCAAAGGUUAGAAAUGCUGUAAAAGUGAAGUGGGACCUGGAUGAUUAGCUCUGAUCUGAGGUCAGUAAAUGUGGUUCAGUAUUUAUCUUCACUCCACCUGUGUUCCAAUGCAUUAGACAAACAGGGAAAAAAAUCAGUAGUGCCCAGACAGUGCCUGCAGGAGUCAGAAUGGUUGAGUGGCAGUGCACUCUUACUUUACUGGGGCGAUCUUCACAGUGUCAGGGCUGAGUCACUGUGCUGUGUUGUAAUGCCUAUGAAGCUUAAAGUCUCUCUCAUUUUCUACCUCCCUCCUGGUACAGUGCCCUCACCCAUGAGUACUGACAU